AUGAUUAAUUGGCAAGCAUAUUUGUAUGGAACAAUAAGUGUGACAAUUGUUUCGUUAUUAUCAUUGGGAGGAGCUGUGAUUGCACCAUUGCUCAGAUCAGAGACGAAAUAUAGAUGGCUUCAUUUCUUCAUCGCAAUGGCUGUGGCAACAUUGAGCAGCGAUGCGAUUCUUCACAUAAUUCCCGAAAUUCUUGGAAUUCAUUCACAUUCACAUGGAAAUGAACUUGGGCAUGGACAUGAAGAACAUGAAGAUCACGAUCACGAUCACGAUCAUAAUCAUAAUCAUGGAUCCCUGGCUUGGUAUGAAAUCAGCAAAGAUCGGCUUAUUCUACUUCGUCUCUCUUUGGUUUGCCUGUCAAUUUAUGUGCUGUACUUUUUCGAAUUCAUCAUUUUCUAUCGAAAUCCACAGGUAACUACUUUAUUGGGAGCCGCACAGUCUUUUAACACAGGCGAUACAAAAAUAAGCAGUCCCAAAAAUAAGCAGUCCCAAAUUUCUCUGCUUCUCUGCGUCUCUUGUUGGUUAGCAUACAGAGAGAUAAAUAAGCAGACACAAAAAAUAAGCAGUCCCAAAAAAUAAGCAGUCCCAAAAAUAAGCAGUCCCAAAUUUCUCUGCUUCUCUGUGUCUCUUGUUGGUUAGCAUACAGAGAGAUAAAUAAGCAGACACAAAAAAUAAGCAGUCCCAAAAAAUAAGCAGUCCCAAAAAUAAGCAGUCCCAAAUUUCUCUGCUUCUCUGCGUCUCUUGUUGGUUAGCAUACAGAGAGAUAAAUAAGCAGACACAAAAAAUAAGCAGUCCCAAAAAAUAAGCAGUCCCAAAAAAUAAGCAGUCCCAAAUUUCUCUGCUUCUCUGCGCCUCUCAUUGAUUAGCAUGCAGAGAGACAAAUAAGCAGACCCACACACAAAACAUAGCGCUUGGCCUUCCCGUUUUUUGUCGAGCACCCUUCUAACCGAAAAUUUGAAUUUUUUGCAGAACCAAAGUGAAUAUGAAAAUGCGAAAUCCAGUGAUAGUCACGAAUCGAAUAAUAAUGAGAUCAAAAUUGUGAGUUUUCCGGGGGAUUUAAAGGUGGAGUCCGAGCAAAAAAUAAGUUGUGCUGAUUUUAAAGAGCAUGUUCUAAUUAGUACAAUCCUCGAAGGAUUUUUUCUGGAAGCUUCUCAAACAUUAAUUAAAAAAUUACAAAGUUCGAAAAAACAGUGAGAAAAAAUUUUUGUUACAAAAAUGUUCAAUUUCAGAGCAAAGACGAGAUCAGCACAACAAAAAGUGUGAGUGAAGAAUCGAAUAACAAUGAUUAUUCGGAAAAUCGAUUGAAAGGUGGACAUGAAUUGGUUACGAUUAGUGAAACAAAUAAUGAAGGUGGAACUAUUUGUGGAUUAAAGGUAAGAAGUUCUAGAUCUUAAAGAUCAGGGGAUAAGAGAAUCAGAUUUUCUAGCUUGAUGCAAAAAUUCAGAAAAUUUCGAUAAGUAAAUAUGAAAUCCCAUUUAAAAAUUAGUUUUUGGGACUGCUUAACUUUUUGGGACUGCUUAACUUUUGGGACUGCUUAUUUUUUUGGGACUGCUUAACUUUUUGGGACUGCUUAACUUUUUGGGACUGCUUAAGUUUUUGGGACUGCUUAACUUUUUGGGACUGCUUAACUUUUUGGGACUGCUUAUUUUUUUGUGUCUGCUUAUUUUUGGGACUGCUUAUUUUUAGGACUGCUUAACUUUCGGAACUGCUUAUUUUUGGGACUGCUUAACUUUUUUCAAACCUGUCGUCAACGCGGAGUCUCGUUGUUUUUUCUCCGGUUUUUUGGAGGGAAAAUGGGAAUUUUCAUACAAAAACUGGAAUUUUUCUGGUGAUGGAAAAAUAAAAAAAUAAUUCGACAAUUUUGCAGCCUCGCGCAGUCAUCAUUCUUUUCGGCGAUGGUGUUCACAACUUCGUAGAUGGUGUGGCAAUCGGCGCAUCAUUCCUCCAUUCCUACAAUCUCGGCUUCAUCACAUCAAUCGCUGUUAUCUGCCACGAACUUCCGCAUGAAAUUGGCGAUCUUGCAGUUUUAGUCGAUUCUGGUUUAUCCAUGUGCAAAGCGCUGAUUCUCAACCUAAUAUCGGCUCUCACUGCAUAUGCUGGAUUAUAUUUUGCUCUUUUGAUUGGUGAAAACAACGAGGUCAAGAUUAUUUUGCUCGCAAUCACUGGUGGAAUGUUUUUAUAUGUUGCAUGGGUUGAUAUGUUGUCGCAUUUGAAACAUGAAAGAUCUUCGAAUGAUCAUUGGUUUCUGACGUGUUCUAUUCAAUUUCUUGGGUUUAUUUUCGGGUUUUUAUUGAUUUUUUCACUUGGAUGGUUUGAAGGAGUAAUUAAAGAGACGUGGCUUUGA